AUGACAACCACCAAUUUAAUCGUCGGUGGAUUAUUUAAUGCCGUUGCGUUUGCGGGAGCAGGAUUUUUAUUUUCGCAUUUAAAUCAAAAUGGAUACAAAGAAGAAAUCAGAAGACAUAAUCGUGCAUUAGAAGAAUUAGCCGAGGCGAAAGAAAAAUUUUACGAAUCCGAAGUCAAAAGACAUAACCAAGAAUUACGACGACGUCAAGAAAUUUUAGACGCGAAUCACGAUAUUGAAGAGACGAAUAAAGCAUUAGAAGAAUUAAGAAAUUAUAGUCGUCAACAAGAUUUAUCGGCCUCGGAUCGAAAACCAGAAUUCGAAGAUUAUUAUCAACCGUCGAAUGAAAUGCAAAAAUAUAUGUAUAUAACGAUGGGAGUAGUAGGUCUCGGUAGCGGAUACGUACUGACGCGAAUUUUUUAA